AUUCAGUGUCUGACCGCAUGUUGAGAAUUCUGAGCUUCACAACCGGCUAGCAGUGAGAGACGAAAGGAUUGGGAGGGUCGCAUAAUGGGCAAAAAAAGUAAAAAGGAUAAAAAGGGAAAGGGAGCUGAUAAAAAUGCGGCCAAGAUGGAGAAAAAGAUCGUCAAACAUUCUAAGAAGGAGGAGGAAGAUCUAGAAACUCUAAUAGCUGAAUUCAGGCAACUUGAUGCAAAAAAGACUCAAAUCACAGAGGAGGCUUGUGCUCAUCCUUUGCCACGGUUGAAUGCAUCAUUGUCACCUCACCCUGAGAAAAAUGAAUUCAUCCUCUUUGGGGGUGAAUACUUCAAUGGCCACAAAACUUUUCUCUACAAUGAACUAUAUUUUUACAAUAUCAAGAAGAACUCAUGGACAAAACUGGAAAUCCCAAAUUCACCAGCUCCUCGUUCUGCUCACCAGGCUGUGGUGGUACCUCAAGACGGUGGACAACUUUGGGUGUUUGGAGGAGAAUUUGCAUCUCCUAAUGGUGAACAAUUUUACCAUUAUAAGGAUCUUUGGGUGCUAUAUCUUGCAACUAAAACAUGGGAACAAAUCAAGGCAACUGGUGGACCAUCAGGUAGAAGUGGACAUCGGAUGGUUGUUUGUAAGAGACAGAUCUUGGUGUUUGGUGGAUUCCAUGAAAGCACAAGGGAUUUUAUUUAUUACAACGAUCUUUAUUCCUUUAACUUGGAUACGUUCACGUGGUCAAAGUUAUUUCCAUCUGGGACCGGCCCAUGCCCUCGCUCAGGUUGUCAAAUGGCAUCCACUACAGAUGGCAAUGUAGUGAUAUAUGGGGGAUAUUCAAAACAGCGAGUAAAGAAAGAUGUAGAAAAGGGCAUUGUGUACUCUGAUAUGUUCCUCCUAAAAAAUGAAGGCAAAGAAUGUACAGACAAAUGGGUCUGGGUUCGCCUCAACCCUACAGGACUAAAGCCAUCACCACGAUCAGGCUUCUCUCUGGCUGUUGCCCCCAACAACCGUGCCAUUUUCUUUGGUGGUGUAUAUGAUGAAGAGGAGGAUGAAGACAUCCAAGGAGAAUUUUUUAAUGACAUUCAUAUUUAUGAUAUGGUGAAGAAUCGAUGGUUUGCUGUAGAAUUGAAGGGAUACAAGGGAGAGAAAAAAAAACGAAGACGUGGAAGAAAAGAGGAAGAUGGAACAGAAGUGAAAAGUGAAAAGCAAGACUUGCAGACUUCAACAGAAAUAGUCAAAGAAAUUGUAACUGAAGAUGGUACUCUCAUGACUAUAAAGCAGGUCAUAAACAACCCUGAUGCCAAAGCAGAUACAGAAAGUGAAGAGGAGAAGGAGGAAGAUGCUUCUGAAACUGGUCCCAUCAUUGAACCAUGUGCUCGGUCCAAUGCCAUGGGAGUUAUUAAAAAUGGUCUGUUUUAUAUCUAUGGUGGGAUGUUUGAAGUGGGAGACCGGCAAUUUACUUUAAACGACCUUUACUGCAUUGACCUGCACAAGAUGAAUGAAUGGAAGGUUCUGUUGGAAACUGAUCCAAAGAACCAAGAUUGGCUAGAAUCAGAUUCUGAGGACGAGGAAGAGUGUGAAGGAGCUGCAGGAGGAGAAGAUGAAGAGGAAGAGGAUGAUGAUGAGAGCAGUGAAGAAGAUGGAGAUGACCAUCCUCCAGUCCAGUCAGAAGAACCUUAUUCAGAAUACUUGUCACGCACAGAAUCAUACUGGAUUCAACUAGCCAAAGAUAAUUUGGGCCAAACUGCCAAAGAGAAAAAAGCUUUGAAGAUGGCACAAGCAAUGGCAAAGACAUUUUAUGAUGGCAAUGUUUGAUGGUCAGAAUUAUGCAGAUCUGAAUUCUUGUCACUAAUCAUUUGUUAAUAUGCUGAAGUUUAUUGUUCAUUAAAUUUAUUCAGAUA